CUGCGUAUGCGUUCAGAUGUGUAUACGUGUGUAUCCAGAUUCGUGUGCGAGUCGAUCCUGUCGCCAUCUGUAUUGUCAAUGUUGUCGGCCAGCAGGAACACCACCAGCCCAAUGGACCCGUGAGCAUUUUCGACUCUCCGCCCGAUCUUCUUCUAGACGUCUAUUCUCUCGAUCGCGAGUCUCGACUUUCUCGUGUCGAGUCAUCGAAAGUCUUUCGGCAAUUUUUUACGGUCGAGCCUCGGUGCCGCUCGAGCGUCGCCGCGGAGUAACUCCGUCGCAAUGUUUACAUGCCAGCCGCCACGGCGAUCAGUUUCUCGAAGAUCAUUGUGUUUUUCUAACUACUCAAGGCCUUAUAACGUCACGGAAAACCGAUUUUGUUUGAAUUAUAACUCUUUCUGCUGGAUUGUCCCAUUUAUAACCUCUCCGCGGCGGCCAUCGAGGAUCAACGGCCGCAGACCCCCUGCAAUACAAUCGCUUUGAGAGGAACCAGCUUUCUAGAUAAUAAAUACAUGGACGACUAUGUAAACAUUUUAGGGUACGCGCGGUUUUCCUGCACGUGCCACGUACCGCUAAAUCAUUUGGUAUAAUAGAAUGGCACAGCGAGGCAAACGGAUAAAUAGAAACGACAAUGAUUUGGCGUCUUGCCCAGGCGCAAUCAAAAGGCGCAAAUGUAGGCUGGGUCCAGCGACGGGUUCGUCGUCGCUGGCAGCUACCAUGGGGCCCUCAGAAGAGGAGGAAACGAUGGCGUCGUCCAGUCAAGGAGGGGCAUCCUGGACCCCCAGACCACUUUGUGACAUUAAAAUCUCUAGUAUAUACAAUCGUUCUUCUGCUGAGGCACCUGCAGAAUUAUUUCGUAAGGAUUUGAUUAGCGCAAUGAAAUUACCUGAUAGCGAGCCACUAAGUCCCAAUGAAUAUUGGGUUAUUACCGAUCAAUGGAAGCAAGAAUGGGAGAGAGGUGUUCAAGUACCUGUUAAUCCAGACUCCCUACCUGAGCCAACAGUCACUAUCACACAAGCAACACCCAUAAAGCAGCACAGUGAAUUCAAAUUACCAAAAAAGUUUGUGAGGAUAUCUCGUGAUGAUUAUUUUAAUCCUGAAGAUCAUCACUUAAGCACAACACCAGCAAGAGCAGAAAAAGCUUGUGCUUAUGAUCUUGAUGAUACUGAUAUUGCUUGGUUGGAUGUGUUAAAUGGUGAACGUGCACAGGCUGGUCAGUUGCCUAUUACGGAAUCACAAUUAGAACGUGUGAUAGAAGAAUUAGAAGUUCGUUGUUGGGAAAGAAUACAGACUAUAGUAAAAAAUGAAGAAGGUCUUGGUAUUGAGUAUGAUGAAAAUGUAAUUUGCGACGUUUGUAGAUCCCCCGAUUCUGAAGAAGGAAACGAAAUGGUAUUUUGUGAUUGUUGUAACAUAUGUGUACAUCAAGCAUGUUAUGGAAUCACUUCAAUACCAGAUGGUUCAUGGCUAUGUAGAACUUGUUCUCUAAGUCAACGACCAGAUUGUGUUCUUUGUCCUAACAAAGGUGGUGCUAUGAAGUGUACUCGUAGUGGCCAAAAAUGGGCUCAUGUUUCUUGUGCUUUAUGGAUCCCAGAAGUCAGCAUUGGCUGUGUUGAAAGAAUGGAACCUAUUACUAAAAUAUCCAGUAUUCCACAAAGUCGGUGGGCCUUAAUAUGUGUGCUGUGUCGAGAAAGAGUCGGUGCUUGCAUCCAGUGCAGUAUAAAAACGUGUAAAACAGCUUAUCAUGUAACGUGUGCCUUCAAAUAUGGCUUAGAAAUGAAGGCAAUUAUUGAAGAUGAAAUGGCCGACGAUGGAGUAAAAUUAAGGUCCUACUGUCAAAAACAUAGUAGAACAAAUACAAAAGAUAAAGUUCAAGGCACUGGAAGCAGUAUAGGGAGUGGAGGUGACAAGGCAGGAUCAGAUUCCGAAGAUGCGGAAUCUAGAAGACGCAAGAGGAAAGACAUGACUUCUGAGGAAAAAAAUCAAGCACGCGCUGCAAAAUUACAAGAAAUUGAAGCAGAAUUUGACAAACAUGUAAGUUUAAAAGAUAUUGCUUCGCAACAAUUAGACGUGGAUCCUGAUGGCAUUGUCUAUAUUUAUAAUUAUUGGAAGCUCAAAAGAAGGGCUGGUCAUAACAAACCAUUAUUGGCACCUCGUUGUGGAGAACUUUCGGGUAGUGGAUCCCGUAAUCAAGGACAAGCAGCCGAUCUCGAAAAAAUGAGGACAUUCGUGCAAUUACGUCAAGAUUUGGAAAGAGUCCGGAAUCUAUGCUAUAUGGUUGGCAGGAGAGAGAAAUUAUGUCGAUCUUUCCUUAGAUUACGAGAGCAGACGUUCCACAAGCAAGCUUUAGUAAUGUCAGGUCCACCUUUACCGCCGGCAGCAGCUGCUGCUGUGAUGGAAGCUAAUCAUGGACCUUCGAUAUAUGAUCGAUUAUAUUCUCAUCCUGAUUCAGAAGAUCACACUCAUGAUUUUGACACAAUUGUUGCUAGAAUUGCUGGUAUAGAUUCUCCAACUAGUGAAGAGAAGAAAACUCAACAACAACAGCAGCAGCAACAACAACAACAACAGGACUUCAAUGGUGCCUCUAGUAAAAAAUUGUACUUCAACGGCUCCGUCCGAAGAAAGAAUCUUUAUGGCAGUGAUUUAUCAUCUGUCAGUAGUAGUGAAACGGAUGCGACAAAAGCAAAAACUGAAAAAUCGAAAAACUUGAAACUUGAAACUGAAUCGAGUACAGAAGAGGAAACCAAUGUGUCUGCAAAAACCAAACUAUCACGAAGAAAAGCGAAAAAAGCUGUUCAAUCGGUUGAAAAAUUACACUCGACAGUUAGGGAAAACAGUGAAAAUGAAAAACUUGUGAAUAGUAGAUCGCAUACUCUCGAGCAUAUGGAAAAAGAAUUAGGAAGUGCAUCUGGUAGUGAAAGUGAUGAAUUGUUAACGUUAAGCGGUGGAGCAACAAAACAUUUCGUUGCUUCGGCUAUUUAUUCAGAUACAGAUUCCGAUUCUCAAGAACAUGCGUCUCAUUCUGCAGUGUUAAUUACGAAAGCAGCUGUAAAGGAAUUUUCCGCGGCAAAUUUGUCGAAAAAUUCGCAGAAAAACUUUAAUAAGGAUUCCAGACACGUCGAAUCGACGUAUCACAAUACAGGAUCGAAGAAUAAAGAGAAUCAAAAUAAAACUAGUGUUAAAAAGAAAGAAUACAUACCUUCUGCAUUGAUUGUUCCACAAAGACAAGCUGCGAAGAAAGCUUCGGAAAUCAUGCAACGCACACAACAAGGCAAAAAAGAUAAUUCAGUGCCUGAAACUAUGUCGGAAAUAAUUAAAUCUCCUGUCGAGGAAAUUCCAAAAUCUUCCUCCUCAAAGCAAUCAAAAGACAAAAGUCCUAAUAAGAAACAAAGAGAAAAUAAACAGUCAAAAGAAAUUAAAAAUAAUGACGUGUAUGAUUUCGAUAAAGAAUUUGGAGAUGGGACAGAGAUUUUGGCAUAUGUACCACAGAGGCAAGCUGCAAAGAAAGCUGCAGAACACAUCAAAAGUGGUAUGGGUAAUAAAACUACGCAGCAAAUCGAACAAGAAACAUUCGAUGGAAGAUCGAAAAAGGAAUCUCCAGAGACAGGGAAAAGGAAAGAAUUUAGGAAAGAUGAUUCUUCUAGAAAAGAGGAAUUAUCUUCGCGAAAAGAAGAAAUAUCAUCUUCGUCGUCAUCGUCGUCAUCCUCUUCAUCUUCUUCUUCGUCUUCAUCCUCUUCCUCGUCCUCUUCCUCCUCGUCAUCUAGAAAAGAAGAUCUCUCAUCCAGAAAAGAAGAAUUGGUUUCGAAGAAGGAAGAAUCCUCGAGAAAAGAAGAAAUCUCGAAAGAAAGUCGUUCGAGAAGACCUAGGAAAUCAAGUACGCGAGAGACAGUGCUUUCGAGUAAUAGUGAUAGCAGCAGUAGUAGUAGCAAUAGUUGUUCUAGUUCUACAGAAAGUAGCAGUGAUUCGGAAAAUCCGGAACAUAGGAAAUUUUCAGAUGAAUUGAUAGAUGGUUCUUCUGCUACUACUUCUUCCGAAAGUGAUAGUGGUAACAGAACAAAAAGCAAAGCGAUUCCUAGUUCAGCGAAUCGAAAGCAACAGCCUAGCAAAACAUCACCAGAACGACAAGAAGCUGAAAGAAAAUCAAUUUCAGGGCGGAAACUCAAGAAGCUGCCCGAGAAGAAGCUUAAAACUUCCGACGGGCGGCGGGGACCUGAGUUUCAGCCGCCUACUGAGAGAGAGGAACCUCGUAGAGCCUGCAAAGAACAGCAACAGCAACAACACCAGACACAACAAGAAGCAAGUGUCAAAAAGCAAGAUCAAAGAGAUAAAAAACAAUCAACAACAACAGCAGGAACGGAGGUUGAUGAGGAUUUGCUCAUUGGGUCUGGAGAUAAUGAUGGGUCAAGAAAUAUUUUUGGGACCAGGCCUACCAAAAAGUCGAGUCAAGUUGGUAAGCAGCAAUCCUUACCAAGAAAAGAAGAUAAAAAGAUCAAAUCCGAAGGCAGGAAGCGAAAACCAAACGAGUCCGUUGCGAAAGAUGAGAAGAGCGGGAAAGAAACGGUCAAAAAAUCGGAGAAACGGUUAAAUGACAAACAAUCUGUUAAGGUAAUAGAAAAGAAAGAUGAAGAACAAAGUAAGAAAGACGAACAAAAGAUUAUCGAUCAAGAAAAAGCUGAGUGUACGGAUAGCUCUUCAAAGAGCGAAGAGAAAAAAGUAAAGAAGAUUGGAAGUAAAGAUGCGAUAAAUAUUUUAGAAGAAGAAAUGAAGCAACGUAGAGCGGAAAGAGACAGCCCGAAAAAAUCACUGAAAGGAUUAGACAAAUUACUGGAAAAACGUGAACAUCACGAUAAAAUGUCUAAGAGUAAAAUUUCUGAAGUAAAGAUUGAAAAAGUUAUUUGCGAUGAAGAAAAAGAAGAAAAAGAAUCUGUGGAAGAAAAUCAACAAAUAAAAGAGGUUAUAAAGAACGAAGAUCGUAAAAAUCAUAUUAACGAAAGCAACAGUACUAUUGAGAAACCAAAACCAGAAGAGCGAAUAGAAGAAGAAAUAAUAAAAAAGGAUAUUGCUGAGAUAUCUCAAAUUGAGAAAAUUACAUCUGGAAAGAAAAAAACCGAUCGGAAUUUGGGGAAAAGUCAGGAAAAUGCUAUUGAACAUCAACAAAGUGUUGAAUUGCAAAAUAUCGAAUCUCAAACAAUUUCUCUUGGAGAAAACGUUCAAAAAGAAAGUAACGAAGAUGAUAAUGGUAAAUCUAUUUUGGAAAGAGUCGAAAAUUCAGAAAAAGAACAUCAAAAAAGACGAAAAUCUGCGAAUAGAUCGAUCUUCUCACCACAACAUGGCAAAGAUGCAAGUGUUUCAGAAUUGUUUGAUUUUGAUCAAGAUAUGUUAACGGAAGAAAUAGUAAAUGAAGAUGGAUUCGGUAUAUCUAGAGACGCGGAAGAACGGGGUGUACCGUUAAGUUUUUCAUUCAAUAAUGAAUUAUGGUUUAAGGAAGAUUCGAAAGAGGAUAGUGCUAGAGAAACGUUGCAUCUUGUAGAGAAGCUACGUAUGGAACUCUCAAAAAAGUCAAAUUCUAGUCAGAUUGAAUUAGAGGCAGUACCUGUAGAUGGUGAAGUUAAAAAGGAAGAAUCACCUAUAGAAAAGACAUACGAGCAACAGCAACAACAAUCGCAGCAACAGUUACCAUUACAACUUCAGCAACAGCAACAAACCACUCAACAACAACAAGAAAAAGAGACAAAAAUUCUUGAGCCUAUCACAGAACCAGUUUUGAACGUGAAAAAUAUUGAAAUUUCUGAAGAAGAGAUAUCUACUAACGAAACCCGUCCCAGCAGUUGUAAGAGUACAAUAGAAGAAAAGAGAAAAAGUUGUUAUUCGGGUGGUAACGAUAGAUAUGCAGCUUACGAAGAGGAUCGUGAAACGAACAAAGUAAGCUUGGUGGAACGAUCAAAGCUUGAUCGAGCAGAGACUGACGAAAGAUGGGUUCCACCUAGUAUCAAUAGUUUUCAACUUAGCGAUGUGCAACAUCUAAAUGCUUUAAUGGAAACGCAAAAUCGUCGAUAUGGGAACCAUCAAUUCCCUAACGAAUCUAUUCCAGAAAACGAAUCCAUUGCACGUACUCAUUUGAACGCACCGAGUAUACAAGAACAAUAUCUUCUGCAGCAGCCACAUUCGAUUCUUCACAGUCAGCAAGAAUCGCACGAAAGAACGAUGCUCGAUCAACCAAUAUCCGAAGAGAAUCCUAUGGAAAUGGUAAAUAGACAUUUAAUAGGAUUGCCAGCAUCGGAGGAUGAUCAGGCGGCUGAAAUGAUGGAUAGAGUGCUGGAAAAAGAAGAUGACGUUGUCAGACAACAGGAAUAUGAUCAAAACUCCCCGUACAAUGACAUAAAUGGUCGUCCAGAUACUAGAUGGGCAGAAAGUCAAGUUUUACCGUCUCGUAGAUCCACAUCCUCUUCGAUUACUUCCGCCUCUUCCGCAGAGGAUCAUUCUAUUCCACCGUACAAGAACGUGGCUGGUAUUCCAUUCCCGCCAUGUUCCAUGGAAACAACGUAUUACGCAGAUUCUAGUUACGGUACUGGUCCAGUCAGUCUGUUUCCGCCACAGUCCUGCGCGGCACCAUUACCUUAUCCUUCUCCUGGUCCAGCCCUUUUUCCACCAGCAUUUGGAGCGGCUUUUCCAGGAGCUCAAUCAUUAUUACCCCACGUGAAGCCAUUAGAAGAUUCGCUUAAUCUACAAGCUUCACCAUGUACCGCAGCGUUCACGUCUUCCUCACACAACAUGGCGCUUACAGCAGCUAUGGUCUCGCCUACUAAAAUAGUUACACCACCUCCACCACCACCUCCACCACCUCCCCAAGUCACCGCUCCACCUACAGAAUCUAUAGAGAGAACGCAACAACAAUUACAAACGCAAGUAGCCGAUUCACCCUCUUUGCCUAUGAAUUUCUUGAACACUGUAGCACCGGAAAAUCAUACUAAUGAUACCGUUGUCGAGAGUCUUCAAGAAGCUUUGGCAGAUGGUAAAAGUCAACAUUCUGGGAAAAAGUCGCCUUCUAAACCUACCAGAACCUCUGCCCGCGUCACAUCGUUACAAGGAAAAUCUCCUGGGAAAUCUCCAAGACAAGAUACUCAAAAAACUAUUCCUGGAGCGCGAGGUCGUGGCAGAGGGACGAAAAAUUCGGCGCAACAUUCUGGUUACAGAGGACGUGGGCGUGGAAGGGGGAGAGGACGAGGUAGAAGCGGUCAAAACUCAGGACUUUCUUUGGUUUCCGGUGGUGGUAUCGGUCAACACGAUGAUUCCAUUCAAAACAAGCUAGUCGGUACGGUGUACGAUUUUGAUUCCGACGAAGAUUCGACCAGUGAAGCGAAUAUUGCUGAUUUGCGUACUAUGAGAGAGCGAAAGAAGUCUACUGAUGCUGCAACGGCUGGAGUUGAAAGAAGAGAUUCCACGGUCAUGGCUUCUGGAGAAAGCAUUCAGUCAAGACUCUCUAGUCCGGGAGGCACAAGAAAAUAUUUGGAAGAUAGGAGACUUUCUUGCUCUCCGAAUCAUGAUGAUUCUGCCGUCGUGGAAAGUCAGUCAAAUGCCGGACAAAGUUUUGAUACCGUCCUCCCACUUAUUCCUGGCCCCGUCGAUAUGAGAACGUACAAUUCUACUCUCGAUGCUUCAAGCUCUUCCACUUUACACGGCCAGACAUAUGAGAAUCAUUUCCUUGGUACUUUCACCGGUGUUUCAACGAAUGAUCCUGCCCUUCCUGAUAUCGAGGAAGAUCUCGAAAAAGAACUGAGAUCCGCGCUGAUCAAACAAGGUCAAGAAGAUUGUUCAAAACCAAGUUUUGAUGCAAGUAUCGACGCUUCGUCUUCUGGCUUUGUAGACACUAAUAAAGUCUCUUUGACAGACUCGAGAAAUCAACUGAAGGUGAAGAUUAAAGGCCCUUUCCUUGAUGCAAAUUACGUUGCUACCUCGUCAGUACCACCGCUUGCUCAACAGGCACCUGUAAUAAUUACUCCAGCCGCUACCAGUGCUUCCAUCGCUUCCGGAACAUCAAAUCUUCGACGAAUGCGAAAGAAGGAAUUGCUCAGACAGUAUUGUUCUCAGGAUAUGAAUAUGGAUGAGACAGGAUGUGGAAACCUUGCUACAUCCGCACCAAUUAUAAUGCCACAAAUCAAUCGCACAGUGAUAACAAUUCCUAAAGCGGUCGCCUCGAUGACCAGUAUACCUACAAGAGAAGACUAUAAAGCAGUUGUCGAUGCAAAUAUGGAAAAGAAAAGAAGGAAAGAGAGAUCUACAGGGUUCCUGGAUGCUAACGAGGAAGAGGGAAAUAUCGAGAGGAGGCGUGGUAGUGCUACUAACGGUGCUAGUUCUAGUGGUAAUGCUCCGAUUGGUAAUAUAGAUCGUAGAAGAGGAAGGCAGAGUAGCGGUGGUAGGUCGACAACAACGACCACUACGACCACUACUAUGAAUAGCGGUCCGCCAAAAUUGAAAAUCAAAAUUGGCAAUAGUAUAAUUGGUGGGCAGGAAAGCGGUCAAGAUGAUAGAACGAGGAUCAGACCACCGAAAAAACGAUUAAGUAGUAUACCAAGUACACCAAGUAUCGAAGAAUUGAGAAGAGAAAGUAUGAAAUUUAGACGUAUGAUCAUGGCCGGUUUCGACAACGAUGAAAAAUUAAGAGGCAAAAGUAAAAAAGAUAAGAACGGUAAACGAAAAAAACGACAGUCGAGUAGAAAAGAAGCUAGGGUACGUAUCCUUGAAGGUGGAACCGCCCCACCAAAAUUGAUCAUAAGAUUAGGCAGAGGUAACGAUUCUCCGGAUGAAUUACCGAUUUUACUCACGGAUGAAGAAGAAGAGGAAGAAGAGGAACGACAUCCGACUGAUAGUAGAGUAGGUCCUCCUCCUCCAGAACCUGUCAAAGACGAGCCUAUUUAUCCAUCAGUAACUGCUAACAUAGAAGAAAAACAACCUACUGAUCCCGACACUGGCGGCAGUGCACCUAGAAAUGUUCGUUCGGCUAAAGUUACGCCGAUCAGAUUAAAAUUGACACGUUGUCAAGAAGGCUAUGAGCUAAAGGGCUCGCCUGUUCACGGUGAGGAGUCCAAUUUAAUGACGGAGAAACUACAAAGUCCGGAAGUUCCAAACGAAAUAAGAAAUCCACCGAUCAAAAGCCAAGAAGAAGAAUCCUCUCGAGAAGAGGAGGAUGAAGAAGAGGAAGAGAAUAAUAGUUCUGUACAAAGGGAUUCCUCCACAUGUCCUGCCGCGACAAGUAUACCGCAAGGAUGCCAAGUUAGGUGAUAAUUAAUGAUACUCGUGGAGUAAUGGGGCAAAGAACAUAAACACACACAUACGGUGCUUGUAUGAUUUUUACGAUCGAUCGAUAAAGAAAAUGGACUCGAUAUACGCUUGCGGUUACAAGCUGCGAAAGCAUAUUGCCGUAAUAAGGUGAAAAAACUGUUCCUCUAAGUUACGGUUCAAGAAGAUCGAGGUAUUGCAUAUUCUUACAAGACAAUUUUAUCAUAUUUGUUGCAGCGUAUCGUUGGCUUAGUGGGAAAAAUCGGAAAAAAUCAGAGGACGCUUGAUAUCGUAAGAAACUUCAGAUAUUUUUGAUUAUUUAUUUUAAAUUAAGACAAAUCUUGUAUUUUGUCAAUAUUACUAAGUUGAAUUUUACUUCAAUAAUAGAUCAAGAAUAAUCAAAUCAUUAGUGAUCAAAUAUUUUUGUUUUGCAGAUAGUUCCAUUUAGGUUCGAGAUCAAUAUUUAAUCAAUUAUCAAUAGGAAAUUAAUAUUGAGUAAGAAUAUACAUGGUUGACAAAUUAUGGAAUAUGAACUUUGUCAACUGUUCCCACUAAGCCUAUGAUAUGAUAAUUUUUGAUACAGCAUUUUUAUGAUUUCAUGCAAGAUUUUACAAAAUUAAACAUGAAACAAAAACACUCAUUUUGGCGAGAGGAACAAGAUGGUCGCGACUUCUAAGAUAUACUCGUUUUGGAUUCGCUUCAAUGGAACGUUCUCCAACAUUAAACGAGAAGGAUUUAUACUCCUCGAGAAAAAAAUAAUCCGGUUUUAUUCUUAAACAAUACUCGAGAGAUGAAAACGGGUGUGCCAUUUCACGGCGGUGACGAGAUGUCUGUUUUUUCCCUAAAAAAAAAAAAAAAAAGAAAGCAAAUU